AUGGGCCAGAAGCUCUCCGGGAGCCUCAAGUCGGUGGAGGUGCGGGAGCCGGCGCUGCGGCCGGCCAAGCGGGAGCUGCAGGGGGCGGACCCGGGGCGGCCGGCGCGGCUGGACCAGCUGUUGGACAUGCCCGCUGCGGGGCCCGCAGUGCAGCUGCGGCACGCGUGGAACCCCGAGGACCGCUCGCUCAAUGUCUUCGUCAAGGAUGACGACCGGCUCACCUUCCACCGGCACCCGGUGGCCCAGAGCACGGAUGGCAUCCGUGGCAAGGUGGGCCAUGCCCGCGGCCUGCACGCGUGGCAGAUCAACUGGCCGGCGCGGCAGCGUGGCACCCACGCCGUAGUUGGUGUGGCCACAGCUCGGGCUCCUCUGCACUCGGUGGGCUACACGGCACUGGUGGGCAGCGACGCCGAGUCGUGGGGCUGGGACCUGGGCCGCAGCCGCCUCUACCACGAUGGGAAGAACAGGCCCGGAGUGGCCUACCCCGCCUUCCUGGGGCCCGAGGAGGCCUUCGCGUUGCCUGACUCGCUGCUCGUGGUGCUGGACAUGGACGAGGGCACGCUCAGUUUCGUCGUGGAUGGCCAGUACCUGGGCGUCGCCUUCCGCGGCCUCAAGGGUAAGAAGCUGUACCCGGUGGUGAGUGCCGUGUGGGGCCACUGCGAAGUCACCAUGCGCUACAUCAACGGCCUUGACCCCGAGCCCCUGCCGCUGAUGGACCUGUGCCGGAGAUCCAUCCGCUUGGCCCUGGGCCGCCAGCGCCUACGGGACAUCAGCACCCUGCCCCUGCCUCAAUCUCUCAAAAACUAUUUGCAGUACCAGUGA